AUGGCGUCGCACCUCUGGGUUGUUGGUGUGUCGCUGUCACUCACUGCCACGCUCUUCGGAACGCUGGGAAAGGUGUUGCUCAAGCUCGCACACACAUCGUCUCAGGCUUUGUCUGUUAAAGCGGCCGCCACGGUGUGCGUAUUCCUACUCAACCCCGUAUUUGAUGCAAUGAGCUACGCGUACGCAGCGCAGUCUAUCUUGGCGCCAAUGGCUGGCUUUAGUGUCGUGUGGAAUAUCGUGCUGUCACCGUAUCUGCUCAAUGAGAAGGUGUCCACACACGACGUUAGAGGAUCGGCGGUCAUUUUGUUCGGCUGUGUCCUUGUCGGAAUUUCGGGAAGUCACGAUACACCAACACACCACAGCGCCGAGCUGUUUGCUCUGUUUCAAAGCCGUAUCUUUCUCGAGUACGCCGUAUUCGCAAUUUGUUCAGCGGUGGUGUUGGUCUGGAUGAUCUGCAGCUACGAGAAGAAGAGUGGAUGGAGAAGGUUUGCAUUCGGCGCUCUAUCUGGCCUCAUCGGUGGCAACCUUUUUUUCCUUAAGGCCUCAGUUGAAUUGCUGGCUGAAGGUGGAGAUGUUUGGGCAAACCCGGAGACAUACAUCAUUUUCGUAUCUGCGCUAUCCUCGGCCGGCGGUGGUAUCUACGUUCUCGAUCGCGGCCUGCGGGAAUACGAUGCGCUUUAUCUCGUAGCGAUCUACCAAGCGUUCCUCAUCCUCAUCGGCUCUAUUUCAGGUGUAAUCUUCUUCCAUGAGAUUACAGGUAUGAACUCAUGGUGGCAACUAGUUGUCUACCCUUGCAGUAUCGUUACGACGGUGGGUGGCAUCAUUGUCUUGUCGGAGAAACACACAGAGCACUGUGAUCCGAUAUACCCCAGCAGUGCGAUUAACGGGGCCAAGCAAGGUGAAAUCUCGCCGCUUCUUGUCUCGAACGGAGUCAAGAACGGGUUCAAGCACGGCUCGAUUGAGGCUGUUUAG